AUGCAACCAUCUCUGUACGUUCCAACCAAUUGGGUGCCAACAACUUCUGCACAUAAACUAGACCGGAAGACACUUCGCAACGCGGUGGCAAAGCUGAGCGAUGGUCAGUUGAAGGGUUACUCCCUUCGCGAAGAUGGUCGCCGCGUGCCUGAUACUGUAUCUGAGAAGAAGGUCCAGGAACUCUGGCAUCGCAUCCUGAAGAUUUCCAAGGAGGAAAUCCGAUCAGAGGACAACUUCUUCCAGAUGGGCGGAGAUUCCAUUUCAGCGAUGAAAAUGGCUGCUACUCUACGGAUGAAGACUUUCCCCUCACCGUCAUGGAUAUUUUCCAGGUUCGGCAAUGGCUACGACCGUCUCUCUUUGAAGCCAUUUGAACUCCUGGACAAUACUCUGGAGAUUUCUGGAAUCGUGGGUGAAAUUAGCCGUCAAUACCCCAUCCCGUCUGAGUUCAUUGAAGACGUCUACUCAACUAGUCCCCUUCAAGAGGGCAUGAUGGCGCUUUCCAUGCUCAACCCCAAGUCUUACAUCCUGCGACGAGUUCUCCGCCUCGGUCCCAAUCUGGAUGUUGCUCGAUUCAAAUCUGCUUGGGAGCUAGCUGCCGAGAAGAACCCGAUCCUCCGCACGCGCUUCGUACCGACUCCAGAUGCCGGGUUUGUACAGGUUGUGGUGAAAGGCAGUAUUGACUGGAGGAGGGCAGCCGAUCUGAAGCAGUACCUGGAGCGUGAUCAGGCGGAGGGAAUGGUAUACGGGGCUGCACCAGUGCGAUAUGGUCUCACAGAAGACGGUUACUUUAUCUGGACCGCGCAUCACGCCGUGUACGAUGGCUGGUCGCUGCCGUUGAUUAUCAGUCAAGUCCAGUCCGCCUACGAGCACGGCAAAUGCCCCGAUUCCACGCCAUUCAAUACCUUCGUCAAGCAUCUGCAGACCACCGAUAAUCAAUCUAGUCAGUCCUUUUGGGCAGAGCAACUGUCCGGGCCACGUCCAUCGGCAUUCCCCCAACUGCCCUCCCUAUCAUACCGACCUUCUGUUAAGGGCAAGUUGCAGCACGAAAUCCCCGUGCCACACCUUGCAGACUCCACCAUCCUCAGAACCACCAUCCUGCAAGCUGCAUGGGGCCUAGUCCUUUCCAGAUAUGCAGAUAGCGAUCAUAUUGUAUUCGGCAUGACCCUCUCUGGAAGCAACGGUCCGGUUUCUGGCAUUGAUACCAUGAUUGGUCCAACCAUCACAACAGUGCCUAUGCGGAUGAAAUUCCCUCCCGCGCUCACUGUAAGUGAGUUCCUUGCCCAGGUUCAGCAACAGUCGACGAAGAUGACUCCUCAUGAACAUUUCGGGGUGCAAAAUAUUGCCAGCAUCAGCUCAGACUGCGCCCGCGGAAUCGAAUUCCAGAAUUUAUUCGUCAUUCAACCAGUGUCAGACGCCACUGAGAUUGGGGAUCUCUUUCCCGGUGUAGAAGAGGUCGAGCUACCCCUAGAGGACUUUGAAAGUUAUCCCUUGGUAGUUGAAUGCUUCGUCGCCGACGACAAAAUCACCAUUGAGACCCGCCAUGACGAGAAUGCCCUCUCCACCUGGCAGGUGCAGACUAUCAUGCACCAUUUCGAGCACAUCUUGAAACAAGUCACACAAACUAAUGCCCAGGAAGCGCAGGUAGCCUCUGUCGACCUCGUCGGCGCUUACGACCUCGAGCAGAUCAUGCAGUGGAAUAAGCAGUAUCCUGAAACUGUCGACUCAACUGUACCAGCGAUCUUUGCUGAGCAGAUCUUACAACAGCCAGAGGCCUUAGCUGUUGAUGCUUGGGACGGCCGUUUGACAUACGCUGAACUUGAUCACCUUUCGACGACCCUUGCUCGCCAUCUCGUCUACGUUCCAGAGGCUCUCGUGCCUCUAUGCUUUGACAAGUCGCGAUGGGCUGUUGUCGCACAGAUGGCUGUCAUGAAAGCCGGCGGUGCUUGUGUCAAUCUCGACCCUGCGCACCCCCAAUCUCGUCUCGAAACUAUUGUUAAAGAUGCUAAGGCCACAGCUGUUGUUGUGACAGAGGACUUCAUUUUAAGUCUCAAAGGCCUGACGCACGAGCUGCCAACUAUCAGUCCUCAAAAUGUCGUCUAUGUGCUUUUCACCUCGGGAAGCACUGGUAAACCCAAGGGUAUCGUCAUUGAGCACGGCUCGCUCUGUUCAAGCUCCAAAGCCCAUAGAACACGCUGGGGAAUCUGCCCUGGAACUCGACUCCUGCAAUUUGCUGCGUAUACAUUUGAUUGCAACUGGGCGUUCUUGACUCCCACGGUCGCUGCUCUACUCCCGGCAGAUAAUCUCCCGUCACUUAAAACUCUAGUUCUCGGCGGUGAGGCCUCCACACGCAAUACCAUCGCCAAGUGGCAUAGUGUUCUCGAUCUCAUUGUCUGCUACGGUCCUGCAGAAUGCUCCGUAUACUGCUCUGGUGCUCCUCCAGCCAUCGCUACCAGUAACCCGGCAGACCUAGGUGCAGCCAUUGGCUCCCUGUAUUGGAUCGCUCACCCGCAGGACUCCAACCGCCUCACGCCCCUAGGCUGUAUUGGAGAACUGCUUCUGCAAGGCCUAACAGUUGCCCGAGGCUAUCUUUAUGAUGCCGAAAAGACCUCCCAGGCAUUCGUCUCGAACCCUAUAUGGGCACCUCUUUCAGGUUCUCGAUUCUAUCGCACUGGUGACCUGGUUCGAUACAAUGAAGACGGCACGAUCCGGUUCGUGGGUCGUAAAGACACUCAGGUCAAGGUCCGUGGCCAGCGAGUGGAACUGGGUGAAAUCGAGCAUGCCAUUCGUCUUGCAAUGCCCACUCUCGCCCACACGACUGUAGGUGCGGUACAAGAUCCUAGUCGUCCACGGCAGAUUGUGGUGGCUUUCUUGCAUUAUAGCAAUCGGAGUGGCCCUAUCGAGGUCAAGGAUAUGUCCGACAAACUACAAGAAGAGCUCGUCACACUGCAACAGAGCCUUGGCUAA